CAGUUUCACAUUCCGAUGACAGAGAUGUGAGCGUCUGUGUGGGCUCGAACCGUCUUCAACCGCAACACGAUGUCGAACCCGAAGGAGCCCGGUGUUCCGGACGGAUACAGAAGUCUGAGCUCGGAAGAACUCGCCGAGCUUCUGCACGACGACGACAAAAUGGACCGAAUCAUCCGCAUGAACGAGAAGUUUCAGGAGCUUCAAGUGGAGCGGGAGUCACUGCUCAGCUCCAACCGAACUCUGGCAGAGGAAAGUCUAGCCAGGCGACCUCGUCUUAGUCACGGCAAAGUCCAGCUGGCGGAGAAGUACCGGGAACUGUCCUGCCUGGCGAGCGCGUGCAGUGGGAAGCAGAGUCGCAUGGAAACUGGCGUCCAGAACCGAAGCCUCCAGACAGCUCACACUCUUCUGCAGGAGGAGGUGACGCGGGCAGAGGAACACUCGGAGGAGCUUCUGGAAAAGUUCAUGGAGGGACACAUGAAUCUUGACGACUUUCUGGACUCCUUCCAAAGCUCCAGAAAGACAUAUCACGUCCGACGCGCUCAAGCAGAGAAGAUGCAGGAGGCAGCGACGCAAGGGGGUCAACGGAUGGGAAAGAAGUUGGAACCUGAGAGUAAAGUGCUGGAAGUAAAAAGGGAUACUGACACACAGGAUCCUCAGCGGCCGAAUGGCUUUGUGGCUCAGGGACCCCUGCGGGUGUUCCAGGUCCGUUACGGCCUCACGCCAGCCAUUCUGCUCCCCCACUACCCUGUGUCCUCGCCAUCAGCGCCCAACCAUCAAAGCAGCACCCCUGUGCCCGACCACCCAGUGGGACAGACCCACAUCCUUAGUCCGACGUCACAGGUACCGGGUCACGGCGCUGCUGUCGGACUCAGAGUCAUCGGACAGUUGCCGGGUGGCUGGGCGGCGAGCGGGCGGCCGGUCCGUGUACAGCAGCUGUACCGGCCGAACCAGCCGGAGCCGCCGUUCCGGUGAAACCCAGGAUUAAAGAGGAGGACUGAUGCCAAGGGGAGCCAGUUUGAUGAGGACAACAGAAGGGAAGAUUUAUUAUUUUUAAUAUUUCAUCAGAAGCACAAACGCUCGCAGGAGCAGGGAGAGCGUCUUCAUCUUCAUCAUCUCAGCGGACUUGGCGGGCGGCACGUAACCCAGAAGCCUUCACUGAUUUAUUUAUUCAUGUAAAUCCGUUUCUGAACUUCAAAGCCUGCGUUCGUCUGGAUGAUGAAGCGUCUUCUCUUAUUCUGGAGGGAGGAUUUAAGCCAGCAGGAAGUGGGCGGAGCUUCCUCUGGUUUCAACGACUGGUUGGGUGAAAUGAUUCCGCUGUUUGAUGAACAAGUGCAUGUUUACUGCUCAGCUACAUGAAAAUGCCUUCAGCCGGUGCCCAGUCGCCUCAAAUAUUCAAAUGAAGACUCGCGUUUUUAUUAAGUGGCGACGACUUCUGGCAUUUAUGAGUCAUACCGCUAAUUCCAGAUCAUCAGUGGAAUCUGCACAAAUUAAGCGCCAGUCCAGUGUGUUGCUCCAGGGAGGACACUUCCUGCUCUCCCGAGAGAAACACACGAAACAUGUUCAGGUGUUGCUGACGGUGCUGUUGGUGCCCCUCCUUAUAUUCAGUGAAAACGUGAACCGAAUACAACUGACCUUCAUCUGAAGUUUAAGCCACUAAACAAUGUGAAGAGAUGAAAGCGACGUAACUGGGCGCCGGCUCUUCCUCACAUGCAGUUUGUCCUCUCAGGGAUGAGCUCUUCAGUCGACCAGCAAGG